GUGGCCGCUGCUCACGGGAGCCUGCGGCGCAGCCAGCCCGGGCUGAGGCUCAAAGGACGACUGCUAUGAGGGGGAAAAGGAAAUUCAGUUCCCGCUGCCUGUGCGGGGAAGACUGUUUCGGGUGUGGGGUGUCGAGUGUGUUCUAGGUGAAUUCACCGUUGUUGCGACGCCGCUACACGGCAGUUCCGGGUAGUGGCCGUGCUGCCCUGAGUGAUCCCACGGUGGGGCCCACGGACACUGUUGAAUUCAGGAAUUGGGAGUGUGUGGAACUUUGAAAAUUCAUGGAAAGGGGAGUUAAAACAUUGAUUUUGGUGCAGAAAAAUCUGAAAUCUAUGCAUGUUCUUUCCAGGAUAGGUGUUUUCCAUGAACUUUUUGAGGAUCCCAGUGUGGGGAGGAAAGCCUCUAGAAACGGCCCUUUUCACGUUACUUCUGUUGGGCCUCCACCAGGGGCGGGGUCUGUUUCGUGAAUGCAUUGGUUACUGCCUCUGGAAAUGCUGGAAGGGGGCUGUUGCCACUGCAUUGCUGGUGACAGACUGGCGACCGAGGCCUUAGCGAGGACAGUGUUGCUGAGGGUUCCACAGCGAGGCCUUGGCUCUUCACUGAGUUGUCCCGGGACCCCAGCCUGACCGGUGUCCGCGGUCCCUUACGGUUUGGAGGCAACCAUUCUGCAGAGAGUUCGCAGCCUUGGCAAGGAGCAGCCCGGUGGCCCUCUGCCCUCUGCCGCGCUCUGGAGUGUCCACAGCCGGGCCCUCGUAUUUCUUGGGUCAGCAUCACGUGGAAGCACCUGCCCACUGCUGGGCUGCGGCCGCGUGGUGUGUGGUGGGAUGAGCAGCGCGUCUGCUCACAGGUCACGCGGUUGUGCCCGACCUCGUGGGAACCCUGGAGAGCGGGGCGCGUGAGAAGCGAGCGGUUUUGAGUAAUUGGUUGACAUGACUGCUCACCGUGUGCUGGCGUCGGGUGCCUGGCCAGCCCUUAAAUGAAAUGGAGCGUCUCACCCAGUUUCAAGUGUCAGCUUCCCCCACACACGCUUGCCUCUUUUUAAAACUUAACCAUCCAGAAAAAUUGAAGUAAUGGUGAAUGCUCACGUAGCCAGCACUGGGGCUCUGCGGUCCCUCUGUUGGGUUCCUUGGCGCGUGUGGAGCCACCAUCUCGUUUUUUCUUUAAAUCACAGCCUUGUGUGAAUCUUCCCCUGCACACGCGUCGUGCUUAGCACUACAGUUUGCUGUUUACAACUUUUCAGAACCGCUUCCAGUACUCGGAGUGUUUGUGCUGGGGUAGUAAAUGUUUCGAUGCUGAUACCAGUCACUUCUGAAACGCUGUUUGUCUCCAGUCAUAAUCCAGUGUGUCCUGGAAGGGAACCACAGCAGAGACGAGGCCUGAUCCGCCAGCCACACUCGCGUUAGGCUUCUCUGUCCUCGCUGCUCUUUGGCGUAAAUUGCAAUCGAUUAGGGAUCGUUUCUCAGAAUCGAGUUAGAAGUGAGAGUUGAGAUAAGUGAGGCCGCCAUUGCUGCUUUGAACACCUCAGAAGGGGAGAAUGGAUUUAUCAGGAGUGAAAAAGAAGAGCUUGCUAGGAGUCAAAGAAAAUAAUAAAAAGUCCAGCACUAGGGCUCCUUCUCCUACCAAGCGCAAAGACCGCUCUGACGAGAAGUCCAAGGACCGCUCCAAAGAUAAAGGGGCCACCAAGGAGUCCAGUGAGAAGGACCGCGGCCGGGACAAGGCGCGAAAGCGGCGCAGCGCUUCCAGCGGCAGCAGCAGCACCAGGUCUCGCUCCAGCUCCAGCUCCAGCUCGGGCUCCAGCACCAGCAGCGGCUCCAGCAGCGGCUCCAGCUCCUCCUCGGCGUCCAGCCGCUCCGGCAGCUCCAGCUCCUCCCGCAGCUCCAGCUCCAGCAGCUCCUCUGGCUCCCCGAGCCCCUCCCGGCGCAGACACGACAACAGGCGGCGCUCGCGCUCCAAAUCCAAACCCCCUAAAAGAGAUGAAAAGGAGAGGAAAAGACGGAGCCCGUCCCCUAAACCCACCAAAGUGCACAUUGGGAGGCUCACCAGGAACGUGACCAAGGACCACAUCAUGGAGAUAUUUUCCACCUAUGGGAAGAUUAAAAUGAUUGACAUGCCUGUCGACAGGAUGCACCCCCACCUGUCCAAAGGCUACGCCUAUGUGGAGUUUGAGAACCCGGACGAGGCCGAGAAGGCGCUGAAGCACAUGGACGGAGGACAGAUUGAUGGCCAGGAGAUCACUGCUACUGCCGUGCUGGCCCCCUGGCCCCGGCCGCCCCCUCGGCGGUUCAGUCCUCCCAGGAGAAUGCUCCCACCGCCUCCUAUGUGGCGCCGGUCACCCCCGCGGAUGCGGAGAAGGUCUCGCUCCCCGAGGCGCAGGUCUCCCGUGCGCCGGCGAUCCCGCUCUCCUGGCCGCCGCCGCCACAGGAGCCGCUCCAGCUCCAACUCUUCCCGAUAAGCAGAGCCAGUGAAACUCGUGCCCCUGUAACUUAUGUCCCAUCCUCAGUUUUGUCGCUUUCCUUGCCGGAGAAGGAUCGGUAGGAAAGGGAAUUCCUCACUCAGGCAGGCUCAGAGGCCGCAGUGGAGACGUCUCUGCGGGUCUGCUCUGGCUACAGCCCUGCUGGGGUGGGGUUGUGCCCGGACAGACGCCCUCCAGUUCCCAAGCUGGACAGUCACCCGUUCCUGGUUCCCAAGAGUCCCUUCGGCAGGGACGAGCGAGGCUCCUGGUACAACGCAGCUCCGCCUGGGAGUGCACUGACCCUCCCACAGGUGGCCUGGGCCAGGCUGUAGCCUGCUCGCCCUUGCUGGGCACAGCUGUCCUACACCAGCUCCUGUUGGGCCGGAGGGUGGCCACGAGUGGCUCUGUUUCCCCAUACUCAUGCAGUAGCAGAGUAGAGCCCACCUGCAGGGUCGUCAUGGAAACCCCCAUUGGCCCUGCCACUCACGGUGGGCCUGCUGGUUACCUUGGCAACGUGUACAUUGCUCUUUCGGCUUUUAGUGUACAGUCAGUACUAUCAAAUUCCUGUUUUGAGUUUUGUAACUUUGUAGUGUUUUAGAUACCUGUUGUGUUUGUGCUUUGUUGUGUAGAUGGGAGAACUGUGUUGAAUAAACCCAGGUUAGAACGCA